AUGUGGGGCUAUUUCAUGCUUUUGUUGCAUCUGGUUCGCACCCAACUCGCUGUUCUUGUCAUAACUAUUUGGGCUUCCAUGGGUGAAGCUCCGGCAGAACCACUUUCAUAUUACAAAGACAUGGUGUCUAAACGGCGCAGAUGCGACGAAGAAGAGGAACUAUUGGUUGGUAGCAACAAGGAGUUGCGAUUCGAGCGUGAUGCUGGCGACUCAAGAGCUGGGGCCGAAGAGACCGACAUACAAGUUAGUAAGAAUGGGAGGGACGAAGAAGCGACAUGGCAAAACCUCCCGCAUAAGAAGCAGCUCUUGUUAAUAGCUCUCUGUCGGUUAUCCGCGCCUCUCACAAACACUUGCCUCAUACCUUAUCUCUUCUUCCUCGUCAAAUCUAUGAUCUCCGAGCCUGAGCAACCUACUGCACCGCAACGUAUUUCGCGCCUCACUGGUCUCCUGGUCGCCGCUUUUCCGAUCGGACAGAUGUUGACAAGCAUACUUUGGGGCAGGCUUUCGGACUCGUAUGGUCGAAAAUCUGCCAUAAUCCUUGGACUUGGAAUGAGUGUGGUCGCGAAUGUGGCUUUUGGCUUCUCGCGGACGUUUGGCAUGCUGAUAGCCUGGCGGGUGAUCGCGGGCAUGGCCAACGGGACGGAAGGUGUAAUGCGAACCAUGACUGCGGAAAUUGUGAAGGAACAGAAACACCAGCCACGAGCUUUUCUCGCUCCUCCAGUCAUAUUCAACUCGGGUAGAGUCAUCGCAUUGGCUGUCGGAGGCUGUCUCGCCAAUCCCGUCGACAACUUACCACAUCUUUUUGGUCCAGAAGGUGCUUUUAAUACGGGAAAGCACCCUGCAGGCGUGAAAUGGACGUUACAUUAUCCUUACGCCCUUCCGGCAUUUUUCAAUGCUAUUGUGCUUGGAGCCUGCCUGUCGGUAGCUGCGAUUUGGCUCCGUGAAAGCCUGCCAGCGGAAAACAGUCUAUCGAAAAGUGGUUUCGUGACCGCAUGGACAAAAUAUUGCAAGAGUAAGAUCUUCUGGCAACCCAGUGUCAGAUACACCGUGAUUCAGGACAAGGACGAAAGCCUUGGUGAGGUUGUUUCUUCCAUGGAAGCGUCUUCGUCAAGCUCCGGGCAAAAUCUUAGAGUGCCUUCGAUCUGGACGCGACAAGUGUACCACGCUCUUAUCACUUUUGCGCUCCUGCCGUUGCACAAUGCGACAUUCCUGCACAUUUUCCCCCUGAUGCUAAGUAUGCCGAUUGUGUACGAUCAGAAGCUGAGCGUGUUCCUCUUCAAGGGUGGCCUUGGACUAGCUUCGCCAACUAUUGGGCUUUAUCUUGCGCUAUUCGGAAUCGCAAGCAUCAUAAUACAACUCUUCUUGUAUCCUUGGCUCCAUCAGCGUGUUGGGACUGUAGGCAUGUUCCGAAUCGCAAGCAGUCUCUUUCCCAUCGCGUACAUCGCCGCUCCAUACCUCGUCUUUUCUGCGAAUCAAGGCGUCAUCAAGUGGGUCGCAAUGGUAUCAAUUCUCUUCAUACAGGUCAUGGCUCGCACAAUGGCUAUCCCGAGUAGCAUCCUCCUGCUUACGGACUCCGUACCAAGUCGACAUGUGAUGGGUUCCAUCCACGGUGCAGGUAAUACACUAUCGGCGGCGUGCUUCUUGCCGAAGGUAUCGAGAUGGGAGCAAUUGGUUUAG